AUGGAUAUCACAAUCACAUCAAGAGAAACAAUCAAACCAUCAUUUCCAACACCAAAUGAACACAAAUUCUUCAAACUCUGUCUAUUUGAUCAGCUUCAAUUAGCAACCUAUUUACCAAUGGUUAUGUUUUAUCCCAAAAAACAAGGCCUAACAGAAAUCUCCCAUUUCAUUGCUCAAUUAAAAAAUUCACUUUCAGAAACAUUAACCAUUUUCUACCCUGUUGCAGGCAGAAGAAAUGAUCACACCUUUAUCACUUGCAAUGAUGAAGGUGCUAUUUACUUGGAAGCCAAGGUAAAUCAAACCAUGGUUGAAUUUCUCACACCACCUAAGCUAGAGUUUCUUAAUAAAUUGCUUCCAUGUGAGCCUAAUAAGAUGCACUCAAAUGAAGAAAAAGAUUUACCACAAGUACUUGUACAAGUUAAUAUAUUCAAUUGUGGUGGAAUAGCUAUAGGUACUUGCAAUCUCCAUACCCUCCUCGACGGUUGUUCCGGCAGUCUCUUCCAAACUAUUUGGGCUGCCAUUUGUCGCGGCACCUCUAAAGAUGAAUUACCAUGCCCCGACUUCUUUUCUGCUUCUUCUUUCUUUCCACCAAUAAAUCAUGUUGGUAAGAAUACUAAUGAGGACAUAGACGUACAAAAAAAAUGUAGCACAAGAAGAUUCGUGUUCGGCUCUGAAUCCAUCGAAACUUUAAGAGCUAAAGCAAAAGACGACGAUGAUAAUGAUAAUGUUUAUGAAAAUUAUAAGUUUCCUACAAGAUAUGAAGCAUUGGCUGCUUUCAUUUGGAAACACAUGACACUUGCAUGCAAAAUGGAGGGAGGUGUAGAUAGCAAUAAGCCAACAUUGGUUAUGCAUAUUUUGGACAUGAGGAGAAGGAUGGGUGAGCCUUUUUCAAAAUACACAAUAGGCAACAUUUUAUGGCCAGUGAUGGUGUUUUGUGAAAGUGUUACUUUACAAACUGAUAUUAAAUAUUUGGUUAGAAUUUGUAAGGAGAAAUUUGGGAAGAUUUCAAAGGAAUUGUUUUUAAGAGUGAAGAGUGAUCCAAGCAUGUUAGGAAGCAAUGAAUGUGUGGAUUUGCCACAAGGUAUUGAAACAAUAAGUCUAAUUCCAAUUGUUUUGACUAGUUGGUGUGGUUUGAAUUUUAGUGAACUUGAUUUUGGUUGGGGCAAGCCUUUUUGGGUUGGUGUUAGAGGAGGAGAUCAAGAAACUCUUCCAAAUGUAGCUGUUAUUAUGGAAACAGAUGAAGGUAUGGAAGCUUGGGUGACAAUGGAAAUGCAUAAUAUAGCUUACUUGGAAAAUGAUAGGGAGUUUCUCAAAUUUGCUUUGCCUAAUCCUUGUGUUACAAACAUUUAG